GAAAAGCUUCCUCACAGAGCUGUCAGCGCGUCUUUGGCGGCUCAGGAUUACAAGUAGAUUCGUUUUAAACUUCCAGAAAACCUUUUGAAUAGCUCAUUCAAAGAACGGCGCAGGGGAAUGGGUGGCCCUCUUGCACGCGGUGUCAGAAACGAUUAGCCCGGGAGAAGAGUGAGGCUUACAGCGAAAGCUAUUCACGGCAUUGCGGGAGGGAGAAUAUAAUUCACUCCAAACAAUCCUCUCCGUCCCACUCACCUAAUUGUUUGAUAUAGUAUGUGUCCACUUAAACCCAUGAGCAUGAAACAUUGGUAUUUUAAGCAGAAACAUCAAAGUGGGAACAUUUUAGCCUGAAAAGGGAAAAGCGAAGCAAACAUAUUUAUCUUACAGGCAUAGCUCUGUGAAGCCACGGUGCAUUGUUUAUGCAUUUGUCAUAGUGUGUCGGCCUAAACCCUAGAGAACCGUCUUGCCUAACGGUGAAAUUAUGUAGAACACCGGGGAAGUAAAUCAGUCAAGAUUUAGAAGAUAUAGCUUUUCAAUUUGGGUGUUUAAUACAUAGUCGCCUGAAAUUCGAAUACACACUGGAGGCUAGAUAUUCAAAUAGACAAUUACGGUGAUUCUUCAGAGCGUUAGGUCCCUGUACUAGAUUGAUUUAAUUCCAUAUGUCAACCAACCAUUUCGCCGACUCUUGACUUUCUCAUAACUUACUUUCCCAACACGGUUAUUGCAAUGGAUUUCAGUUAGUGAAUGUGACUUGUUAGCACAACGCCCCAAACUGGCUUGUCUGCUUAAUAAGGAAGUAGCCGAAUCCCUCGCGCACCUGACGCAUGCAAGUCUCCCCCGCAGUACUAAACAUUUUAUUUGAACGAAAACGACAUCAGGCUACAAGUCCAAAAGGAUGUCGGAGGCAGAAGAAGACACGUUCAAGGCCGUUGAGUUGGAUCAACAAGCACCAGGGUCCGCCUCAACUGACCCCACUCCCGUUCAACCGGCUGCAGCUGAACCGAGUUCACCGGCGCUUCAGUCUCCCGUGACCCCUUCCACGGAGAGCGCGGGACCCGCCAUGCCGCCCAGCGCCCAGUCGAAGGAGAAUCAGUGGACGUCAGCAGUGAACCAGUUCAAACUGAAGAGGUUUUUUGUCUUGAGGCCCGGGACUCUGGACCAGGCUGUGGAGGACGUUAAGGGCCUGGUGGAUCAGCAGGUGGAUGGGAGAGUCCUCAGCACCUGGCUGCUGGCUGAGGUGGACCACUGGAACAAUGAGAAGGAGCGCUUGGUGCUGAUCACAGAGGGUUCUCUCCUGGUCUGUAAGUACGACUUCGUCAUGCUGAACUGUGACACCAUCCAGAGGAUCCCUCUCAACUUUGUCGACCGCAUCGCCCACGGCAACUUCACCUUCCCACCACGCUCCCUCAUCUCGCGGGAGGGAGACGGUGUGCGUGUGUUCUGGGACCGUCUGAGGGAACCCUCCUUCAGCUCUCGCUGGAACCCGUUCUCCACAGACUACCCCUUCAGCACCUUCACCAGCCACCCCGUCAGGGGCAACAGCGACAAGCUGGCCGCGCUCUGCCAUGUCCAGGGCUUCCGGGAGCAGCUAGCGGAGGCUGCACGUGAGGCCCACAGCAAGGUGCCUGUUCCUGGGAAGGCCAACGGGGUCCUGGUCCUGAACCAGCCCCUCUUCAUCGACGCCACAGUGGGCCUCAUGUCCAUCAUUGGCAACCAGAACAAGCUGGGCUACUGCCUGGCCAGGGGCAACAUCGGCUUCUAAUCUCUGCUCAGGAAGAUGUUCACGGAAAGUACAGCCAUGUAGAGAAGAGAGUCUGUUUAGAGAAAUCACAUUGGUCUUACGUUGGUUUGGCACUGAAUACAAUGGAGUGAUUAUUAUUUUUGUUGAUCUGUUAUAUUUAUAUUUUGCUGCGCGGGAUCUUUUGGGGUAUUUGUUUGAGUCUUGAUGUGCUUUACCGUUCUGUUCUAGAAUGUGCUUCACCAUUCUGUUCUAGAAUGUGCUUCACCAUUCUGUUCUAGAAUGUGCUUUACCGAAGCACUGGAAGUUCUAGAAUGGUAAAUCUUUUAGUAACUUAUUCUUUGUCGUCUCCUCAGGAAGUUAACUUGGAUUCCAUAAAACAUUCAUGUCCCUUACUGUUCCGUCCACACUGUCAACAUACAUUUGUCUCAUACAACUACUUAAAUGCCCAAUUUCUUGGUUUAAUUAAAGCAUGGGAACGUAUGCAUCUACACCUCACCACGUUUUGUGGUUUUGCGUUUGCCUUGCUGUAAUAAUGGACCUGUUUGGUAAGCAGAAUAUCCCUGUGUGCACUUCCCUGUCACACCAGCUCUUAGACGCUCGCUGGAGCAUGGAGGUGCAUGUGUCAGUUUGGUUUUAUCAUGAGCAGUGUAUUAUUACAGUGUGCAUGGCCCUGGAAUUUCCCCUUGUAGGUGUACCAUGAAUCUGUUUGUCAUGUUUGUAUCUAAUCCACGGCUCUUCUCCCCAGUCAAAGAUAAACACCCUUGUGUGUUUUUCCUUGAUUGGAUGAGGGGGGUGCGUUUGCUGUGUGUCAUAAACUCGUAUUUGCUUUUUAUGUUGGAAACACUUAACCCUUAAAACAAGAUGGCUUCUUGUCUCCCUCUUGUAUAACUCUUUUGGAUUCUGACUGACAAGUGCACAAUAAACCGGAUGCUCAACAA